UCGUGGAGAGAAACAGUUGACACACUUGUCUUGCAGCAGAAUUAAGCAUGGUUUUGUGCCAUCUGCUCAUAUUCAUUUUGACUCUAAAUGAUUUGUUGGCAUUUGUUGAGUGUACAGGUUGCCGUCCAGGUCAGAAGAUGAGUCGUGACAAUGGCCAUUGUGAACCCUGCGACGGUGGAUAUUAUCAGCCUACAGAGAAUGCUUCUAAAUCUUGCAAAGCAUGUACAAGGUGUCGCGACGGGAGUUCUGUUGAAGAGCCAUGCACCAAAACCACAGAUACAAAAUGCCAGUGUCGCAAAGGAUUUGUUCCCUUAUUCCCUCAUUCUGAAAUAUGCCAAUGUGAAAAGGGAUCUGGACUUGUUGGAAGAGAACCACAUACCGUGUGUUCAAAAUGCGAAGACGGAUAUUUCAGCGCACAAACCAAUACAUAUUGCAAAAGAUGGAAAGAUUGCAAAACAACAGGAGAGAAAACUCGUGGAACCUCAACCUCUGAUGUCAUCUGCAAUGAGUUGAAGGAUGGUCCUCAGAUCAAAGACGCUACCACUUCGAAGAUAACCACUUUACUCUCAAAUUCAACAACCCUCCGUCCACAUGAGGGGGCUCAAACGGCACACUUUACCACCACUUCCACAAAACCUCCUCAGGAGCACACUGAAGAAACCCCCCCCUCUCAUGGGAAUUACUUAGGUAUGUCUCUCCUCCUGUUUGGCAUUGCGGGACUGCUUAUGCUGACUGCUGUGACCUGCAAACUAUUCAUCACUCCUUGUUACAAGAGAAGAUCAACACGAAAUCAGAAGGAGUGCCGGAUCCCAGUUGAAGAAAGCGGCAGUGAGGAGUCCUACAAACUUAGCCUAGAGCCCUGAGGUGCAAGUAUUCUUGACAUGAAUCUGUCACUUAAUGCUGUGAAUUCCCAGCUCAGAUGAUCAAAAGCCAAAUAGUUCAAAAGUGAUCCGUCAAUUAUAUUACUAGUUUCAUGUUAUACAUCCACCAGAAAGCUGUAUUUUAACAGUUGUAUUUUCAAACUGCAACGUAGUCAAUGUUUGACAUUUGCUUAUUUCGCUGUGAAAAGAUGUGGGGUGAACUAUCAAGACUUUCUUGUAUUAUACCUCUCGUUACACACUUAGGGAACUUAGUCAUUUAAGUUGUGACAUUUAUCCUCAGUUAAUUAAACUGAUUAACAAUAUUUAAUUGUGUUAAUAUUACCAGUAUUAUUGAUGUCAUUUUUCUAAGAAUGCACACAAGUGUAAUUGUAAUAUUUAUGGUAAAUUUAAAUGACCUGAGAGAUAAUGCCAUAUAUAUUUUCAUGUACUGUAACAUACUCUAAUGGGUCUUAAGACAUUUCUGAAGAAAAAGAGAAAGGAAAGUAUGAAAAUCUGCUAAAAAGCUCUUAGGAAAAAAACAAACCACAUUGCAUGUUGAGUAUCUGUUUCUGUUUUUAGAGUGAUUCUGUUUGCUAAGUCUGUUCCAACGGUAGCAGUAGAGAGCAAGAUAAAAGACACAGUUUCUGUCAAAUGUGGGGUUGGGGAAGUUCCCAUAUGAAGCUAAAAGUGCCUCUAUGUUUUCCCCCACUGAGAGAUGACACCAUGUUUUUCUUGCUGUGGCCUUAGGAAAGAUUGCUUUCAUAUACGGGAGGACUUUCGUGUUGUUUAUACCUUAGCGAAGAUGUUUCUAUGAUUAGGGUAAUGAGAGGAGUUAUGAAAGCAUGUCCUUAUUACUUCUCCUCAUUUACAUCAACUAAAACACCAGACAGUUUCAUAAGUACCUGACUGACUCGUUGCAAGUCUACCAGGAAAAAGCUGCAGUUUUUUGUCGUAACUCUGAUUAAAAAAUAAAAUAAAAUAAAAAUCAGAUGAGGCAAAACAUGAUCCCAACUAAAUAGACUUAUGUUCAAAGUAACAAUUCUGAAUUUAUUCAAUUAUGCAUGCCUUUUACAGACAUUGUAUUAUACAUUUAAAUGUAGUUAAGGUAUUAACUGUAAAAUGUAUUCAAGAACAUGAUGAAAAACAUGGCCAAAAUAUUAUCAUAUAUUGUAUAGACUGUUAUUGAUGCAUGAUAUGUACAGAACAGUUUAUUCUUUCAGUUAGUUUUGCUAAAAACUGGUACUAGAAGUGUGAAACACAGAGACAGAGUGAGCAGUACAAGCAGUCCUUGCAGAAGCUAUCACUCAAUGUUUCUGAUCCAGGAAGUUGGUGAGUAAUUUCAAAGAAAUACAGCCUACAGAAUGUGACGCAAACCCUGUCAGAAUUUAGAGGAAAACGCUCAAUUGUUACUCAAAAACCAUGGCAUGAACUGAUGAUAAAUAACCUCUCAAAGCUGUACAGGUGAAACAAUAAAUAGAAUUUUUUAAUGUGUUUAUUUUAUACUAACAUU